AAAGAAACAUCUUUGUUAACCUGUGGACCCAUAAUGUCUGUCUUCACUUUGUACUGUAGAGCAGUCAAUUGAUGGUCCGCUAGGGCCGUACCGUGCUAAAAUUCGAUUUCAGGGCCGUUUUCACAAAUAACGUUGCUUUUCAGAUCAUCCAUGCUUCCUGGAACCUCACCAAGUGUCAUGAGUUCGUCACGGUUAUUGCAUCAACCUCUUCAAAAUCGCUAUUUCAUCAUGCGUCAUGGCUAUUCCAUUGCUAAUGACAAUGGCCUAAUUGUCAGCUUACCCGAGAAUGGCAUUCCAUCUACAGGUGGAGCAACUGGUGAAGGAUGGGCCUUGCACGAACGAGGCAAACGCCAAGUAUACGAAAGUGCUACUCGACUCUCCGAUCACUUGUUUCCUGCCAGUAACACGCCACUUCUUGUUGAGCCUCAGGUUGUGAUAUUCUGCAGCCCCUUCAUCAGAACAAAGCAGACUGCAGAUAUUCUUCACUCUGUGCUUGUCAGUACCUCGUCUUUGUCAGGUGCAACCAUCCCCGCUCCUGAACCUAACAUUGUACUCCGUGAACGUGGUUAUGGUGAUUACGAACUUCAAUCGGAUAGCAACUACGACAUUUGUUGGGAAGAGGAUGCCAGCGAAACACAUGGUGAAAAUAGCUCACACCAUGUAGAGUCACCUCGGUCUGUAGCUGAGCGUGCCGCUGCGUUCAUCAAUGAAAUCGAGUCCAAGAUGCAAGGAAAAACGGUGGUUUUGGUGGCUCACGGCGAUAUCUGUCAAAUUAUUCAGACACUUUUUACAGAAGAUUUUGAGCCUUGGCAACACCGACAAUUGCCACACGUCAACACGGCUGACUGGAGACAGUUGAACACAUUGUAGAUUCUUAGAAACUACCAGAUAUGCCGGCAUGCAAAAAAGGGCAUGUAAUAUAGAGAAUGUGCUCAUUUGUUACAUGUGAUAGAUCAGCCUUCAAUUUAAGAUAGAUCCAAUAAAAGACAUAUUUGAAGCAACAGGA